AGCAGGUAGUGACGUCGUCGUCUUUUUGAUUGUGUCGUACUGUCGCCUUGACGUUGACUCUAUGGUUUAUGAGAGGGAGCUUCUGUCGAACGUUUUUCAACAUUUUCACAUUUCUACUUUCUAUUUACAGAAGAAUGGCUAACCUAUGAACUAACCCAUCAUGUCUGAACAAUUCAACCCGUUAACAAAGACAGUCAGUAGAACUGCCCCAGUAACUAAUGCACCAAGUUUACAAAGUAUAUGUAGGAAUACAAUUUUACAUGCUAUAACACUCAAAAGAAUCAAGCAGGCAGAUGAGUCGCUUCCCUUACCUAAACCUCUGAUGAGAACAGUCAGUGUUCUCAACUUGAAAGAUUUUGUCAUUGACGCAGAAAAAUUAGAACCUGGUAAUCACCUGAAAGAAAGCUACCCAGCUACAUGUAUCUUUGAUGGAAUCCCAUGUAUCAUCAAAGUCAAAUCUAAAGAUAGCAAGCCAGAAUUGGACAACCCAAGUUUCAUGGCAUCGUUUGAAGACAAGAACUCUGUCUGUUGUGUUUAUGAAGUAACAGAUACUCUUAAAGAUAGAAUUGUUCAAUGCAAACUCCAAAACACCAGAUUCCAAGAGGUUUUUAUAUGGCGUUUAGCAAAGACACUUUUGGAGUUUGCACUAAAUGGAAAGAUAACUCUAUCUACAAAAGUAAACAGUACCAUGAUACAUUUUUACGGUCCAAAAGGAACAAUCUUUCUUGAAGCCACUGAUAACCCAAUGACUGAAAUGAUGGGAGCCGAUUCAGCAAUCUAUGAGGCCCCUGAGGUUUUACGACAGGAAGAACCAACUAACCAAGCAUUUUCAUGGACAGUUGGAUGUAUCAUUUAUGAAAUGUUAGCAUUGGAACCUGCCUUCUUUGAUAGAACUGGUACUAAUCCAUUUCAAGUAUUUAUGGACAUGAUGCAGGGCAUACUACCCCCUGAACCUACAGAGGGUAGUCCAGAAAUAAUAGAAAUUAUGUGGCACUGUUUUAAAUCAGAUCCUGCAAAAAGAAUUCCUCCAGAAGAUUUGCUUAGAUUUGCAAUAGCCCAUUCAGAAUAAAGCUUUUAUUUUAUGUCAAAUGUUUAGCUCUUAAACGGCUUGGUUAUUUUGUUAAGAUUCUCUAUUUGAUAACUUGUUUCCAAAUAUUAACAAUUAAUUUGUUAUGUUACUUAACAAUUUUAAGAACGGAUGAUUUAUUUUAGCCAGAUACUUAUACAUGUUAUUGCUACCUCUUUUAAAUAUUUUUUUUCAGAAAUCUUUCUUUUAAAUAUAAAAAUACACAGACUGAUUUUAAUCCAUAUCAAUGUUUUAUAUAGAUUGUAUGUUUUAUCAAUAAAGUUUUAUUAUAAUUA